GAUAUGUAAAGAUAUGGGCGGGACUAAACUACCGGCGUUUACGUUAUAGUGUGAAUAGACCAGAACUCGUUUAUUUACAACCAAAUCUACGGUUAUUAAUGAUCAUGAGUUCCUUUUUAAUGAACCCGGCUGCUUACACAGAGCCCAAGUUUCCACCAAGUGAAGAUUAUUCGCAAUCAAAUUAUAUGCCGCCGCAAAAUUCGGACUAUUAUCGACACAAUAUUCAUAAUUUUGGAUACGGACCUGCGGAUUAUAGACGUUUUGACAUUGAGGAGAAAUACUCACCUAACAGUGUGUAUAAUCAGACGAACGUAACGUGUACAAGUGACAGUGUAAACAAAAGACUACAUCAUCCGAAUCAUCAUCAGCAUCAACAACAACAACAAUCACCUCCACAGGCACAUGUACAAUCACCGAAUUCCGCGAACACUGGAAAUAAUACGUCAGUUAUAAAUACAAACAGUGCUAGUAAUAACAAUAGUAGAGUGAAUGGAUUUACGCCAACCAGUUCCGGUACCGAGCCCGAGUCUCCGGACGCGUCGGGAAGUCCACAGUCGGUACCGUCACCCGGGAGCCAGGGGUCACCAGAUUCAGCAUGUUCUAAAGAACAAGGGGGACAACCGGUUAUCUACCCCUGGAUGAGAAAAUCACAGAGUGGCAAUAACACGAGCAGUAACUCAGGCUCUACAAACUCAAUUUUAUCAGAGACAAAGAGAAACAGAACGGCAUAUACCAGACAUCAGAUAUUGGAACUCGAAAAAGAAUUUCAUUUCAACAGAUAUCUUACAAGAAGAAGGAGAAUAGAAAUUGCCCAUUCGUUAGUGCUGUCAGAGCGCCAGAUCAAAAUAUGGUUUCAGAACAGAAGAAUGAAAUGGAAGAAAGAGCAUAAACUUCCUAAUACAAAAACCAGACUUAUGGACACGAGUAAUGUAGGACAUUUUGAUCCAAACAGCUUUCUAGCCAUGCAUCAAAUUGGGCAUCAUAUGGGUAUGAUGCAUCCGGACUUGGGUGGAAUGUGAGGGUUUUACAACUGUUGUGCAUGAAUGGUUGUAGUAAAAAAGAGUACGUGAACUACGUGCAGAGCUGAAUUCCUUGUUAUUUUCAGUAUUGAUUUAACGAUUAGUCUUUGUCCUAAAAGUGCUGAUCAGUUGACAUUUCCAGCAGGGAUUCUUCUACCCAUAAUGGUCGGCUCGGGCCCGGAGAGAGCUGAUGUAUUUAGAUAAAGAAUUAUAGAAAACAUGUAUUAGGAGUUGAUAGAUGGGUGAGAGGAAAUAAACGGAGGCCCACGGACAGAAAUGGCUUCUAUACUGUAACAGAGCUAUACUGGUAUAAUGACAACAAGAUUGACUAGCCAAUGCGUUUUUUGUGUUAUAAGCGUAUGAAGAUACCACAUUUACAGCUUGCUGCAUUUCCAACGUAAAAAUGGUUUCGUUUUAUUAUGUUGAAAGCUUGAGAACACACCGUUUAUAAACUAAAAUCGUGAAAUCCUUGAGUGUUCUGAUGUUUUUUUCUCCAUUUUAAGAUUUUUAAAAAUAGUAUGUGCAAGUGGAAGCGUUUUGUAAGUAAUAGUUUUCGUGUAUGUUGAAUUAGACUUUUUCAAUAGACAUUUCAAAAUGGAAGCACUCGAAAGGUAUGUUGUCAGCGGUUAUAUUGUUUUGCUUGUACAUUGCCUAAAUAUUUUAUUUAUAUUUGACGCUAAUACCAAAGGAGAUUUUCAAACAUGCAUUGUUUUUGAGUUAAAAAAAACUCAACAAAAAACUUUUUAAGUGCUGCAAGAAAAUUUGGAACUUUACAAAAUUAUCUAGUGUUUUUACAUUAACGAAUUUGACAUGAUCAAUUCAAAUUUAUCAAGUACAUGUGUCUUAAAUCAAAAGGUAUAUCGAGAAUACUUAGUUUCACCAGUUUUCGCGAUAUUGAUGACGUUAUUGACACGUUUCAUUCGGAGAAAGCAGUUAAUUUUUGGAAAAAGCAAUCGGCAAGCAGGUUUAGAGAAUAAAACUUACAAAAUAUGUCAAAAACUUCCAGACUAUGGUUCUUUCAAAUAUUUUGAUUUUAUUCUUUUUAAAAAAUGCAUAUUGUUAUAUUUCUACAUAUGUAUAUUUCUACAUAUGUAUAUCAUUUAUGUUAAAUCAUUUAAAAUAAUGUAAACAUGUUGGUAUGUCUUGAAGCAUUCCAUGUUAAAUCAAUUGUAUUUGAGAUUUCUUUACAGUAUUUUUGAAAUACUUUUGAAAAUUGAAUAACUUUGAUCAGAAACAAUGCAUGUUUGCAUCAAAUACCAAAUAUAUCAUACAAUAUUGUGUAUAGAAUGGAAUUAUAUUCUUCGAGUUAUUGUUACGAGCAGAUUUUGCUCAUAGCAAAUCAGAAUAAAUUGUUGUAAAAUUUGAAAUUUUCA